AUCUCGCGAGAUUGGCUGGCUGGCUGUGGCAGGCAGAGGGAGAGAAGGCAGGCUGCAUCAUGGCGGAUAGAGAUAGUGGAAGCGAGCAAGGAGGAGCAGCUACGGGCUCGGGCGCCAGUUCCAUACACCCGGCAGCGGGCUCGGGCUCUGGCCUGCAGCACGAGACCCAGGAACUUGCCUCCAAGCGGGUCGACAUCCAGAAUAAGCGUUUCUACUUGGACGUCAAGCAGAACGCAAAGGGCCGCUUCCUGAAGAUAGCCGAGGUCGGGGCCGGGGGCAACAAGAGCCGCCUGACUCUUUCCAUGUCGGUGGCUGUGGAGUUCCGUGAUUAUCUGGGGGAUUUCAUCGAACAUUAUGCUCAACUGGGGCCGAGCAACCCGGAUAUUGCCCAGGAUGAACCCCGGAGGGCGCUUAAAAGCGAGUUUUUAGUGCGAGAGAAUCGGAAAUACUACAUGGAUCUGAAGGAGAACCAGAGGGGCCGGUUUUUGCGGAUCCGCCAGACUGUUAACAGGGGGCCAGGCUUGGGCUCCACGCAGGGUCAGACCAUAGCCCUGCCAGCCCAGGGGCUAAUUGAAUUCCGUGACGCCCUAGCCAAGCUGAUCGACGAUUAUGGGGUGGAGGAGGAGCCCGCUGAGUUGCCCGAGGGCACCUCCUUGACUGUGGACAACAAGCGCUUUUUUUUCGACGUGGGCUCCAACAAAUAUGGGGUCUUUAUGCGGGUGAGCGAAGUGAAGCCCACCUACCGCAACUCCAUCACCGUUCCAUAUAAAGUCUGGGCAAAAUUUGGGCACACUUUCUGUAAAUACGCGGAGGAGAUGAAGAAGAUCCAGGAAAAACAGAGGGAGAAAAGAGCAUCUGAGCACCAACAGCAGCAAGAAGAAGCUCAUGGCGAUGAUGGUGAGGAAGAUUGAUAACUGUAAAACCAGUAAAAUUUAAAAAAAAGAGAAAAAUACAGAAAAAAUGUUACUGUAAAAAAAAGAAAUGAAAAGUAACUGUUUAACUCCAAGGGAGCACCGCCCACCAAACCUCCACAAACUGACAGUUUUUGACUUGUCACCCAUCGCUGGAUGUUGUCCACUUAUCCACUAUAUAAACAGUAAGCAGCUGCUAAAAAUAAAGUAAUAACAUUAUAUAUGAACUGUGUUUCCUACUUGAUUAAAAUUAUAAAGAACUGAGUGUUUAUUUCCCUAAUUAACCAAGAACUUUUGUACACGUUUAAGCUAUUAUUAUUAAAGUGUUUGCAAUGGUCGGAUUAUAAUAAUGCUGAAUUAUAUAAAAAAGUCCUUUUCAUGUGAGCUAACAUUUGACUUUAGCACAAAAAAAAUAAGAGAUAUUUUAGAACACGUAAAUAAUAUUUUUAGUUUUUUCUUCUCAUUUUGUUACCAAAUUUCAAAACCUUUCAUGGAGGUUAUUAUAGCCUAUUUGACACCCUAUAUACCUGUGAUUAGAGAUGUGUAUAUAUAUAUAUGAGGGCUAGGCAUGCUGUGUGUCUGAGCUUUGUCUAAAUGUUAUGCAGAAGUCUGUAGAGUUAAAGGUACAUAGGUUUAUUCAUGCAAGGUAAAGAUAAAUGCUCUCUAUUUUAUACAGUAUACAUUGCAUCUGGACCUUAAACAUAAAAACUGGUCAGUGAAACUUCUGUGAACAUGAAGAAAAUUAUUAAAAAAGGCAUUUAAAUGAAAA